GUCUGUGGGGGGGCCAGUUGAUUGCCAGUCUUGGGGCCAGAAGGGUGUCUGCGGAGGCCUGAGGCUGGCCUGAGCCUGGCUCUGGGGAUCCCCUCCAUCUAGAGGAACCAACUAACCACCCUGUUCACCUGCUGCCGGGACCAUGGGGGCUGGGGCCAGCGCCGAGGAGAAGCACUCAAGGGAGCUGGAAAAGAAGCUAAAAGAAGAUGCCGAGAAGGAUGCUCGAACCGUGAAACUGCUGCUUCUGGGUGCUGGUGAGUCCGGGAAGAGCACCAUUGUCAAGCAGAUGAAGAUUAUCCACCAGGAUGGGUACUCUCUGGAAGAGUGCCUCGAGUUCAUUGCCAUCAUCUACGGCAACACACUGCAGUCCAUCCUCGCCAUCGUGCGUGCCAUGACCACGCUCAACAUCCAGUAUGGAGACUCUGCGCGCCAGGACGACGCCCGGAAGCUGAUGCACAUGGCGGACACCAUCGAGGAGGGCACGAUGCCCAAGGAGAUGUCAGACAUCAUCCAGCGGCUGUGGAAGGACUCGGGUAUCCAGGCCUGUUUCGAACGCGCCUCUGAGUACCAGCUCAACGACUCGGCGGGCUACUACCUCUCCGACCUGGAGCGCCUGGUAACCCCGGGUUACGUGCCCACUGAGCAGGACGUGCUGCGCUCGCGUGUCAAGACCACGGGUAUCAUUGAGACUCAGUUCUCCUUCAAGGACCUCCACUUCCGGAUGUUCGAUGUGGGCGGGCAGCGCUCUGAGCGCAAGAAAUGGAUCCAUUGCUUCGAGGGUGUAACCUGUAUCAUCUUCAUCGCGGCACUGAGCGCCUACGACAUGGUGCUGGUGGAGGACGACGAAGUGAACCGCAUGCACGAGAGCCUGCACCUGUUCAACAGCAUCUGCAAUCACCGCUAUUUCGCUACCACGUCCAUUGUGCUCUUCCUCAACAAGAAAGACGUUUUCUCAGAGAAGAUAAAAAAGGCGCAUCUCAGCAUCUGCUUCCCUGAUUACGACGGGCCCAACACGUACGAGGACGCGGGCAACUACAUCAAGGUGCAGUUCCUGGAGCUCAACAUGCGACGCGACGUGAAGGAGAUCUAUUCCCACAUGACUUGCGCUACCGACACACAGAACGUCAAGUUUGUCUUCGAUGCUGUCACCGAUAUCAUCAUCAAGGAGAACCUCAAAGAUUGUGGCCUCUUUUGAGGUGCUUGAACUCACGUGUGUCCCUGACACCCUGUAGCCCUAGCCACCUCGUAGCCCUAGCACACAAGAGCCUCUCAGCCCCCCAGGACUCCUGGGCCCCAGCGUGAGGCCCCACCAGCCACGCCACAGACCCAAAGCCCUGAGCCCCACCAGCCUUGAGGCCCCAGCCCUCCCCCGUGGUUCCCAGGUCUCCCAGAGCCAGGUACCCCCAACCCGACUGCUGUCCUUCACGGCCUGGCUGUGCUGGCCUCCAGGACCCACCCCAGCCAGCCCCAGCUAGGAGCAGGCAGGACUUGGGGCAGCUAGAGCUCACAGUGACUCAGCAUGCCCAACUGACCAAUCUCCUACAGGUCUCUCCGCAGGGGGCCCAUGACUCACCUGGUGGGUCUGGGCUCGGCAAACAGCCCUCCCUCCCAGUUUCCUGAAGAGCAGGGUGGGCAGGCAGAGAUCCCUCCUCCAAGCAGGCCUGCUGCUGACCAUCAGCCCGUUCCAGCCUUACCACCUCCAUGUGACAAAUCUGACACCUGUCUCUACCCGGUGGCCAGUGACUGUCCCUCUCAGUAGCUUCAUGAGUCCAAAGUCCAAGUCAGUCUGGCCUGUGCAGCUCCUGCAUAGAUGAAUUAAUGAAUGGAGGCAGGCCUGGGAGACCAUGGGCACCAGGAAAAGACUCAAGCUGUACCCUUCCCCAUACAGCAGGCUCAGAGUACCCCCUAGACCCUCCACCCACAGGCUCUGCCCCCUCCGUCCUUGUCCUUGGACACCAGAUCCAAGUCCUACCUCACCACCACCCCGCCCACAGUACUCCAGGCCAGCCGGCCAAGGGGACGGUGUUUUGAGGGAGGGUACUGUUGACACCAGCUGUGGCCAAUGGUCAAACUGUCCUGAGGGGUGGCUGGGGGCAGAGUCCGGCUCCUAUCGAUCAGCCCCAGGCUGGGACAUGACUGAGGCCCAGGUUGGGCCCAAGAGGGGUCUACCUCAGGUGGGGUCAUAAGUAAACCCAGGUAACCCUCUUGUCCCUCUCACCCUUUCCAUUCAGGGCCCAUUUGCUGGCAGGAAAAACUGAGGGCCAUGCCUGAAUUUUGUUAGGGACAAAGGCCCAAGUCCCUAUAUCCCUGCCCCCUACUUCCUCAUCAAGCCUCGAGUCCUUGCUGAUGCCUGUGGGCCAGGACCUAUGCUGCAGUGGGGGGUGGGGGGUUUCUGUCUCGCAAGACCAGAGCACGAUCCACACUCCCCUCAGAUAGAUGCACAGACUCAGCAAUAAACCUUUGCAUCAGG